AUGGCACAAUCAACCGCGCACCGGCGCCUGCUCCAAGAAUACCGAGCCUUGACCAACAACCCGCCGGAGGGCAUCACCGCCGGCCCCGUCUCCGAAGAUGAUCUCCUACACUGGGAAGCGCUGAUUCAAGGGCCGGAGGGCACGCCCUUCGAGGGCGGCGUCUUCCCAGCCGAGCUGCGCUUUCCCAAGGACUACCCGCUCGCGCCACCAACGAUGAAGUUCCUGGGCGAGAUCUUCCACCCGAAUGUAUACCCAAGCGGACUGGUCUGCAUCUCGAUCCUCCACCCGCCCGGCGACGAUCCGAACCACUACGAGCAUGCGUCCGAGCGGUGGUCGCCCAUCCAGUCGGUCGAGAAGAUCCUCAUCUCGGUGAUGAGCAUGCUGGCGGAGCCGAACGACGAGAGCCCCGCGAACGUGGAAGCGGCCAAGAUGUGGCGGGAGCGGCGGUCAGAGUAUGAGGAGAAGGUGCGGGAGGGGGUGAGGCGUAUGCUGGGGCUGUAAUGGAAACGACUGUCUGGGUAGAGAAAGAGAGAGGUUAUGACGGCGGCAUGGCGUAAUAAAGGAAGGGGCGUUCAUUAAACGGCGCGUUAUGUGCUUUGGCAUUAGUAGCAAUAGUUCCUAGUAGGGUGCAUAAUGGCAUCUUUGUUCGGGUUUGCAAUUUGAGGCUGCGCUCGAACCUAGUGCUUCUGGGCUUUCCACGGCCUGAUUUGCACGCUAGGUCUACCUUCUAUCAAACGCGGCCGUACUCUUCAUUUCCGGCUUCUACUAGUAGUAAUCAUCAUCAUCAUCAUCAUCAUCGCUCCAUCACAGAUUAUUCUCCGCCUUGAACUUGUCCCACGC